UUAUUAUUUUUUUAUUCCUUAGCUUCCAACUUCCGCGGCCGCCCUCCGAGAGUCGUGCCGAAAUCCUAAUCCCUUAAGGCGAACAACCUUUUACUCCUUCUUGGUCUUCAAUGAACUUGCUGAUUGUUGUGAAACAGGAGAAGAUAAAGAUGCAGAAGAAGGAACCAGAUAAAGCUCCUCACUUGCCUGCUUUCUGGAUCGAAAUAUCCGACUCUGUCUCUCGUCGCUACCAGUUUAAACCCCACGGCCAGCUCUCUGCGACGACCGUCAAUGACUCGAGACCGGUGGUUCAUAGGAUGGUUGAUUCCUUCCUGAGUACAUUUUUCCCUUCAGGAUAUCCAUACAGUGUCAACGAGGGAUACCUCAGAUACACGCAAUUUCGAGCGCUGCAACACUUGACCAGUGCAGCACUCUCAGUGCUAUCAACUCAGUCACUACUGUUUGCUGCAGGCUUGCGACCCACUCCUGCACAAGCGACGGUAGUAAGUUGGGUCCUAAAGGAUGGUAUGGAGCAUGUAGGUAAGCUUAUAUGUAGUAAUUUGGGCGCAAGAAUGGAUUCAGAACCUAAACGGUGGAGAAUUUUUGCUGAUGCGCUUUAUGACUUGGGAGCGGGCUUGGAAGUUCUUUCCCCAUUAUGUCCACAUCUUUUUCUCGAAAUGGCAGGCCUAGGAAAUUUUGCAAAGGGUAUGGGAGUUGUUGCGGCAAGAGCAACAAGGUUACCGAUAUAUUCUUCCUUUGCAAAAGAAGGCAAUCUGAGUGAUCUUUUUGCGAAAGGGGAAGCCAUCUCAACGCUUUUCAAUGUUAUCGGGAUAGGAGUAGGAAUUCAGUUAGCAUCAACUGUCUGUUCAACAAUUCAAGGAAAGUUGAUUGCUGGGCCACUUCUUUCUGUUCUACACGUAUACAGUGUCGUUGAAGAAAUGCGAGCAGCUCCUGUCAACACAUUAAAUCCACAGAGGACUGCAAUGGUUGUAGCUGAUUUUCUGAAGACAGGGAAAGUUUCAAGUCCAGCAGACCUAAGGUAUAGAGAAGAUCUCCUAUAUCCUGGGCGACUCAUCAAAGAGGCCGGCAAUGUCAAGGUCGGAAGAGCUUUACACAAGGUCGUUAGACCUUCAAAACUUCGUGAACUGAAACAAAUAUUCCCGGAGGAGAAGUUUCUUUUGAGUCCUGGAAGUAGAUGGGUUGACAUGGUACUAGAGCACAAUGCUACAGGUGAAGAUGCAUUGAGGGGUUGGCUGGUUGCUGCAUUUGCUGCAGAUAUGGAGAAGAAGUCCUUCCAUGGGGACAGCAUCGAUGCAUUGCAAGCUGCAUACAAGAAGAUGAACCACGUAUUCGAGCCGUUCUUGUCCGAACUGCAGGCAAAAGGUUGGCACUCUGAUCGUUUUCUGGAUGGAACAGGAGUUCGUUUUGCAUUAUAGUAGAAUUCAACUGCAGCCUAUCGUUUUGAAAGAGAGAUUUUUUUGACAAGGGCCUCAAGACUACGAUUUUGCCUUUGUGCUUUAUCAAAGAGUUUAGAGAAGUAGGAUGUAGGAUAUAGGUGCAACUUUUUUGUCAAGGCUUAAAACUUGUAAUUUGCGUUGAGAGUUUGAGAAUGUUGACUUUGUAAGUACUUCAUAUUGGUUUCAUUUGGAACAUAUUGAUCAAUUUGAUUCAUGGCGUUUGCUUGAGCACCGAUGAGAUGGAACAACACCUGCUCUUUUUGAUGCCCA